UGUUUUCUUUCUAAAAAUUCCGCACGUGUUGGCGCCGCUUAAAGUGUGAUAUUUUUGUUGAAGUUUAGGUCAUAGCCAAUAUUUAUAAAAGCUUCUCCGAUAGCAGGCUUAAAGGAGUUGCAAGUUCAGUCAGUAUGAAAGAUACCGAAGUCAAAGACAAUAAGGAGGUGGAGCCCCAGAAGGAGGUUCCAGAAGAGCCUGUCGAUUCAAGCUCUGACGAUGAUGAGUAUGAUGAUAUAGACGAUGAUGAGGACGAGCCAAUGGACGAGGGGGACGAACUUACCACUUGUUUAUUUUGCCCCGAAACAUGUUCAAAUAUAUCGACUGCAAUUCAACACCUCGACGCCAAGCACAAAGUGAAUCUGCCUCAGAUUCAGAGCAAAUUCCAAAUGGACCAGUAUUCGUUCAUUAAAUUCAUAAACUACAUACGAGCCACUAAAAUCACUGCCGAACAAUUACUCUCCGCGGAAACGACACUGUGGCAUGACGAUAAAUACCUUAAACCCGGGGAGUAUGAACCCUGGCUGUGCUAUGACUAUGAAUUACUAAAGACAGACGUCACAUCGGGCCAGGCCACGGUCCCAGAGCUGCAGCAGCGGAUUGCGGAGCAAUCCCAAUUGCUGCAACAGGCUAACGAAGAUAUGGAGCGCAUGCGCAACGACUACAAGGCUCUUCUGCAAAAGUUACAUGGAGACGGCGAGCCCAAUGGUUCUAGCAAUCCCGUACCGCGUAACAAUGCCACCCUAGAUAAUGAAUACUUCAAAAGUUACUCUCAUUUUGGCAUCCACCACGAAAUGCUGAGCGAUAAGGUGCGGACCAGCACCUAUCGUGCUUCCCUGCUUCAAAAUGAAGCAGUUAUCCGUGGUAAAACAGUACUGGAUGUGGGAUGCGGCACGGGAAUCCUCUCUAUCUUCGCGUCAAAGGCGGGUGCAGCGCGCGUCGUUGGAAUAGACAACUCUGAAAUCGUGUACACAGCCAUGGACAUCAUCAGAAAAAACAAAGUUGAAAAUGUUCAGUUAAUCAAGGGACGUCUAGAGGACACUGAUCUGCCAGAGGCUAAAUAUGACAUCAUUAUUUCCGAGUGGAUGGGAUAUUUCCUGCUGUAUGAGUCUAUGCUAGACAGCAUUAUCUAUGCCCGGGAACACCACCUUAAUCCAAAUGGUAUAAUCUUACCCAGCCGCUGCACUCUUAGCCUUUUGGGCUACGGAAACGACACGCUUUAUGCCGAGCAAGUGGAGUUCUGGUCAAACGUUUACGAAGUGGAUAUGAGCGAUCUGCGAAAGAGAUCAAUAGAGGAGCCGCUUAUGGAGGUUGUAGAUGCGGAGUUUAUGCUUACGACUCCUGAACAGAUAGCAAACUUCGACAUAAUGACCGUGGAUUUGAACUAUCCAAACUUUAGUCACCAGUUCAGCUUGAAGGUCACGAAACCAGGUCGAUUGUCUGCCUUUGUAGGCUAUUUUGACACGCUUUUCGAACUGCCCUCCGCCGUAGAGUUCAGCACAUCACCAACCGCGACGCCCACCCAUUGGAAGCAGACUGUUUUCUUCAUUGACCAGCCACAGACUGUGAAGAAGGGGGACGUCAUAAGUGGAAAAAUCACUUCGAGAAGACAUAAAGAGGAUAUCAGGGCACUCAGUGUGGAUAUAGAAGUCUUUGGCAAGAAACACAAGUAUAUGGUAGUUUAAUGUGAUUUUUAAGAAAUAAUUUAAUAAACUACGAUGGGCGCCUUUGAGAUUUAAA